ACCACUCAUUGAGAGCGAAGAUAUGGGAAUGUCGUUCCACCUAAGUAAGGAGGGCCUAAAUGAGGGGAACGACAUUCCCUUAUCGACGUUCUCAAUGAGUGGAAGCAUUCUGUUGCUGCAUCCACCUCAGCCUCAGAUCUACAUGAGACGUCCCUGGCUUCUUUUUCACGGGAAGAAAGGAGCGUCCCAGCACUGCUGUGUCAAUUAAGGAAUAAGAUGUGACGCGUCAGCGCUUCUAAGCAUGGACUAUUUCCGCGUAGGGAGACUAGAUCUUGCUGUCAUUUCCAUGUUAGGAGACGUGAUUCGGCUGUUUCCCUACGCCUUCUCGCGGUGUCCCCUCGUAACGGCAGUGACAGUCUUACUCAAGUUAAGAACUCCUCAUCAUGGUACUUCUCUUGUUUCUUCACGUUGAAAAUAUCAAGAAUUUUUUUCAACUUGAGGAUCAUAGUACAAUUUGGAAGUAGUAGUAGUAGUAGACCAGCCCACGUGUUGAACAAGUUAAACUGAAACAAGUAGUACGCCCUUACUCCCGCAGAGUAGAAGAUCGCGCAAAGAAGUUGUUUCUAACUAUAGUCCAUCAACUUGGG